CGAUUUCUAGCAUCGUGUGUAUACAAGGCUAAAGCGAGGUUGUAGACCAGCAGCACUCAUUCUUGCAAUCCUAUAAAAAACUUGUAAAGAACGAUUACUAAGCGUUUUCGAUUUUUGUCAUUUCUCUGUUUAAUUUUUUAGUUUUAAAUCAAAAUUUGUCUGCACGUAAAUAUAAAAAAUAUAUACCGUUGCGGCCGUUGCGUUCUUCAUCGGACGUUGUCAAUGAUAGGAACGUUUUCGUGCACAUUCACGCAAGAGAAUUUUGUUUUUUAAAUUAAUAGGAUAUUACAAUUACGCGAAUAUGACGGACAAUUUCAAACAGACAAAACACGAGACAGAAGAUCAAGAAUUGAACGAUUUAUUGGAUAGUGCUCUACAAGAUUUCGACAAAGUAUCUAUAUCAAAUGUUGAAAAAGGCAAUGACACAGGUACAGCGGAUUUGCAGAAACAAACAGAUAAGCAUGAAAUAUUCGAAGAUAAAUGGACGGAAGAUUUUCUCAAACAAACGGCCAAUCAGUUUGAAAAAAAUUUGCAAAAUUUAUUGCAAAACGGAGAUAGCGAAUUGGAGGCUGCUUUGCAAAAGCUUGGACAGACGUCUAGUAGUAAUACGACAGAUGAGAAAGACAUGAAUGUGGACUUUCAAUCGGCUAUUUCACAAGUUUUAAAGGAUUUAACUGCAAAUUCCGAAAAUUUACAGAGUGAAGCAGAUGUGGCGGCUAUGCUCGGGCAAACGUCUAUUGAUGGUGAUACUGGUGACAUACUACCGUUUAUGCAAGGAAUGAUGGAGCACCUCUUGUCGAAAGAGAUUCUUUAUCCAUCAUUGAAAGAACUGUCGGAUAAAUAUCCAGUGUGGCUAGAAGAGCAUAAAGCAACUCUGAAUCCUUCCGAUUUGCAGAGGUAUACGAAACAAUCAGAAUUGAUGCGAAAGGUAUGUACUGAAUUAGAAAAGGAAAAGGAAGAUGAUGCGGAAGAUAUCAAGCAACGUCGAUUUGAAUGUGUGUUGAAACUUAUGACGGAAAUGCAAAAUUAUGGUCAAGCGCCUGAUGAUCUCGUCGGCGAGCAGUGCUCGUUUUUUCAGUUCGAUUCCGAGGGCAAUCCCACCCUUCCAUUUCCACCUGGAGUAGAUUCGCAGCAGGAUUGCUGUAUCAUGUGAAUACAUAUGAAUAUGCAGCUAUCUGAAUGUUUCUGAGAUAUUAUAUCUGUUUUGCCUAUUUUUACCAUCUUUAUUUCAUGAAGAAGUUUCAUCGUUCUAGCUUUCUACGAUAAAUAUUACAAAUAUAUGAAUAUAUGUACAAGAUAUAUAUUACGAAAUCUAUCCUUGGGUUACGCAAGGAUUCUUUUCGAAUUCUAGGCCAACCUUCUCUUGGCAAGGAUUAUGUGCAAUAAAUAUAAUCUUAAUACAUUUUAA